GCGGUGGCGGUGCGGGGCGGGCGGCGAUGAAAUUCCCGGGCUCCGUCCUCGUGUCGCUCGUCCUCUUCGUGGCCGAGACGGCGGCGGCGCUGUGCCUGAGCGGGGCGUACCGCGCGGCGGGGGACCGCAUGUGGCAGUGGCUGACGCUGCUCUUCGCCCUCCUGCCCUGCGCGCUGGUGCAGCUCAGCCUGGUCUUCAUCCACCGCGACGUGAGCCGCGACCGCCCGCUGGUGCUGCUGCUGCACCUCCUGCAGCUCGGGCCCCUCGUCAGGUGUGUGGAAGUCUUUUACAUUUACUUCCAUGCUGGCAGAGUUGAAGAGCCCUAUGUCAGCAUCACGAAGAAGAGGCAGAUGCCCAAGGAUGGGUACUCAGAAGAAAUUGAAAAAGAAGUGGGACAGGCUGAAGGCAAGCUGUGUACACACAGGUCUGCAUUCAGCAGGGCGUCUGUGAUCCAGGCGUUCCUCGGCUCAGCACCCCAGCUCACGCUCCAGCUCUACAUCUGUGUCCUGCAGCAGGAGAUCACAGCUGCCAGAAGUAUUUUUAUGGUCCUUUCUCUCCUGUCAAUUGUGUAUGGUGCCUUACGCUGCAACAUCCUGGCUAUUAAGAUUAAGUAUGAUGAUUAUGAUGUCAGCGUGAAACCAGCCGCCUACCUCUGCAUAUUCAUGUGGAGAAGUUUUGAGAUUGCUAUACGGGUUACGGUGUUGGUCCUUUUCAGUUCAGUCCUUCAAAUCUGGAUUCUCCCUGUUGUGCUAGUGAAUUUCUUUGGGUUUUUCUUCUACCCAUGGAUUCUCUUCUGGCAAAGCAAGUCCCCAUUUCCCGAGAACAUAGAGAAGGCAUUGAGCAGGGUUGGCACUACCAUUGUCUUGUGUCUUCUCACUUUCCUGUAUGCUGGCAUUAACAUGUUCUGCUGGUCAGCAGUGCAGGUGAAGCUCAAUGAUCCUGACUUAAUUAACAAAUCCCAAAAUUGGUACCGACUGACUGUGUAUUACAUGCUACGAUUCAUCGAGAAUGCAUUCCUCCUGCUGAUGUGGUACAUCUAUAAAACUGAUAUCUACCUGUAUGUCUGUGCCCCAUUGUUGGUCUUGCAGCUCCUGAUAGGAUACUGCAUGGCUAUCCUCUUCAUGUUGGUAUUCUACCAGUUCUGCCACCCAUGCAAAAAGCUCUUCUCAUCCAGCAUUUCUGAAGGUUUGCUGUCCUGUUUCAAGUUCCUCUGCUUUAUUUGCAAGCCUCCCAAAUCCAGCAUACUGAUAGACAAGGCAGAGGUGAAAUCUCCUGAAAAUUCUGAUGAAGUACGGAGCAGUAGCAAGACAAUAGAUUCUCAAAAGGGGAAUCCUAAUCAAAGCGUUUCUUCCAAUGCCUAGUACAUCUGGAAGCAAGUAGGUGCCUUUGGAAGAUGGCAGAUCACCUGCUGGGAACAUUGUGUAUCUUGGACAUUGUGUCUUGUGGAUGGAAUUACUUUCUUGCAGGUGUAGUACUGCAUGACAACUGACAAGCUUACCUUUGUGGAAAAUGUACUGUAUGAGUAUGUGUAUCUAUGUGUGUUUGUGUACUGAGAGCAAUCUUUGUUUGUAGAACUCUACUUCAGAGGGUUUUGCACAUAGGUUUAUUAUCACAUGCUUAUUUGCAAUCAUAGGAGACAAUCUUCAAGAACUGGCCUGAUGCUCAUCUUACUUAGGAAAUCUGAGGAUGGAAGGAAAUGCAUUUUAUUUCAGAUAGAUAGGAUGUCAUUAUGGCAUGCCACCCUAGCAUGGAAACAGAGCAUAGACCUUGACUAUAUACUGACUGUAGCUGUGGUCUGCUUUGAUCAAAUUGCAGACUUUUUUACACUCUAAUCAGUGUAAUAAGAUAAUACUUCUCUCUGAGGUAUAAAAAUUGGACUUCUACAAUGCACUGUAGUCUAGGUUGCCAAGAAACAGCCAAUUAGCCGGCACUAAUACUGAAAUGUGACUGUUACUGAGAACGGACAGAGGGGUUAUUAGCUUUGCAUAGUUUCACCCUUCACGUUUGCUGCUUGUUAGUAAGGGAAUUAAAUUUAACACAUUAAUUGGGAUGUUCUAGAACAGCUAAUUUUUCUUACAUUUUCAUUUGUCUAAUACUUUGUGAUCAGCUGGUAUUAGGGUGGUGUUCACUUUACAUAACUUUAAAUAUCUGGAAGCUGGGCAGGUAGUGUGAACUAGUCAUGUGGGUGCUAUCAAGAGUACAUCUCCAGGGAGUGAUUCAAUCCAUCUUAAAACAUCCUUUUAAGGCAAGUGAUAUGAAUCAUUCUCUGGAGACCUAUUACUCGGUGUUAACCAGAUGCCUUGACAAUUAGUUUUGACUAUCCAUCUCCUUUUUAAGAUGGCUGAAGUUAAGAGAUAAGCACUGCCCUGAUUGUCAGGGGAUUGGUAGUACACCAAGCAGGCAACUCAGUGACUUAAGUGGUGAUAGAAGACACUGAGUGCUCCUUUUUUAGGCUCUGAUAUGUUAUGGUUAGUUUAAUAUCAGUAGUUGUAAACACUCUGACUUCUUUACCUCAGAAGUAUCACAGGCUUGAAAUCUGAAAGAGGAAAUGGAAGUUGUUGACUUCUGUGCACUGUAUCAUCAUGAAUAAGAGUGUUUCUGUAUUUUGCAAGUUGCUCAGAAAGCUUUAGCAUAUGGACACCCAAGAGUUUAGUGGAAAUACACAAAACCAAUUUUAUUUUCAAAAAUUGAGUGAAACCUUUUUGCACUUUGUUUAGCACCUUGCAUUUCUUUUGAAUAUUACUCAUUAUAGCUGCUAGUGGAAACAAGUAAUUUAUGACCAAAAGCAUCAACUACUGUCCUAAGCUUAGCCUCCAUCCUAUCAUCAUGGAGGAUGUGAAGUUCUUCAGUUGGGAUGACAUCAGCAUAAUUGUAUUAGAUGUGUCUCAAGUUCAGGUCUGAGGUAAUUUAUCAUGAAAUAUGUCACAUGCAGUGCUGCAAAGAACUAAGAUGUUUUUAUUUUUUCUUUACUGCACGGUAAAUGAAUGUCUUCAUACUUCAGUUUUAUAAUGGAGUUCUGUUUUUUAUUUUGCUUAUUAUGUGUCUGUGUGUGGUAUGUGUAUGUAGUUCUCAUUAAAUUAUUGGGGGGGUUGCAAGGGAAUUUUUGGCCUCAGCUUGCCAUGGGAAUGUACCUCAGUAUCUGAGGAAAACACCAAACACCUCAGUUCUAAUUUCUUUCUCUGAGGAGCAUAGAAUAGCGAAGUGAUGCUUUGAAGACACUACAGUAUUUCUCUGUACUUGUACAGAGAUGUACAGUGUAGUAUUUCUCUGUACUUUUUUAGAUGAUGUAGAAGAAUAUUUCAGCUUUGUGGGUUUGGUUUGUUUUAUUUUUUUCCCAGUAGUGAGUUAAAGGAGCAAGUAAGAAUGUAACCCCCUUGCUUCUAAACCUGCAGAGUUCAGCACACAGGGACGCAUUUUCAGGUGUUCUUAGCUAAAACUGAGAAUCUGACUUUAUAGUUGGAUACUCAUCAAUAAUCAGGGAAUUAUGGCUGUUGCCUAUCUACAGAGGUACCUUGGUCUGAAGCAUUAGUCCUUGGAGAGAAAAAAAUAAAAAAGUGGUUUCAUGUGUAGAAGUACUUCACAUCUAAAGAGACAGUUCUCAAAUCCUUAAAGCAGAUACUGUAAGUGAUGGUGCAGUUGUGAUUUUGCCAUUUAGAAACAGUGGAAACUUCACAAAUCUCAGCCAGUGAAAUAUUUGUACUACGGUGAAGUCAGCAGUAGGAGAGCUACACAGGCAGAAGUCCAGUGUGGUGACAUUUUGAGUACCAUUUAACUUCACAUACCAAUGAUGAAGACCACUGUAUAUGCAUAUUUUUAGAAAGUGUGCCAUAUUACUUCCUAUUUUUAUACCAAUCUCCUGAAGUGCAUGCAUAGGGAACUGAAUAUUUAAAUCACUGUUAUGAGAGGGGAAAAUUAAAAAAGAUACUUGUAUGAGUUACAUUGCUGUCGUGUGGUUAUGCUUUAGUUGUGCAGACUAACCAAAAAGAGUUUAAACACUCCAUCAACAUGAGGGCUGUUGCUUUUGCAGUGCCUCAUGUCACUGCAGCCUGGAGUGCAGAUUAACUAACAGGGUUGCUGCUCUAUAUAUGUUUUGAUCUAGCUGUGCUGCCAUUGCUAGUAGAAAGAAGGUAUAACAGGGAGUCAUAGAGGCAAAGAUACUCUGUUAAGACCUUUGUUUUAAAGGACAAACUUGUUUUUCUAAAGCGUGCUGUAAUGCUAGGAAAAGCAGUUUUUUCUCAGGUUAAUGACAGUCUAGCCAGUGUUGUUACCAGCACACCCAGUGGCUGCACUGAGAGGAUAGUAUUAGCUACAAAGGAUGUAUGUGUAUGAAUGAGUGAUGUCUUGCUUCAGGUUGACUGCGGUUUUACUCUCCUCUAUGAAUGCUAGAGGUAUAUGGUUUGAAUGGAAGAGUAUAAGGCUACUGUUAAGAACUGUACUCACUUGAAUAGUCCUGAGUCACACAAGGGAUUGCUCAGUAAGGAUUAUUCGUGUGUAUAAGAGUAUGCAAGAUCUGAUACAUAGGUUUUCUUUUAUACUUGUAAACCAACACAAAUUAAAAUGUUGAAACACUCCC